AUACGUAAGAUUAGUGUGCGUUUGCUUUGUUCAUAUGGACACCAUCAUUAUAGUGCAAGCCGACGAUGGUACGGCCUUGGAUAUGAGGACGAUCAAUGAAGGUGUGAACAAGGUGGCAGACAUGGCUCGAGCUUCAAUUUUCAUGGUGCCGGAGAGGCUUCGUAAGCUGAACGAAACGGCUUAUACCCCUCGCCUCUUCUCCAUUGGCCCUCUUCACAGCCGCAACGAUCCUCAUCUGGAAAGGCCAGAAAUUCAAAACAUCAAAUUGAGUUACUUGAAUGAUCUCUUGGCUCGCGUUUCUGAUGAUCCGCAGGAUAAAGAUCGAAUCCUCGAUCGAUGUCUACACGAGAUGGAAAACUUGAAAGAGGAGGCCAAGAAGUCUUAUGCAGACGCAGAGAAAGCCAAAGCCUUGAGCAAAGAGAUGUUGGUCAUCGACGGUUGUUUCAUACUCGAAUUCCUCUACAAGCAUUGCAAUAUCGACAUGUUCAAGCAAAGUCGAAACGAUCCUAUAUUCGGCAGUGUGGUGAUGCGCAACGGUAUCCAACACGACUUGAUACUGCUAGAGAACCAGCUUCCCUUUUUCGUUCUUGAAAAAUUGUUUCAACUCACCUUGAAUCAGAUUCCGAGUCAUCUCCAUUCGAUUACAGAAUACGUUCUUGAGUACUUCGGAAAAGUGCUCAGCUUCAACGCCCCUUCACCAUCAGUCGAAGACAGUGUCGCCGCUGCCACAAGUAGUGGUGGGGGCGAUAAGGAGAAGGACCAGGAAGCAACGACGUCCUAUCGCCAUAUACUCCAUCUUAUGCACAGCUACUAUCUCCCUCCCGGCCAAUUAAAGGAGGUGGACCAUACCAAAAAUUCCAGGGAUUCGGCAUCUGACCUCGACUUCGCCGGAGUGAACUUCGUGGCCAACGAGGGAGAUCAGUUCAAGGUCGAGUUUAGACAAGGGAAGGGAAUAAUACCUUGGUUGUUUUCUAGCCCCGAAUUUCAUAUUCGGAGGCUGGCCAUCUACGACUCCACGGAGCAAAUCUUGAGGAACCUCAUAGCCUUUGAGCUGUGCUACCAUGGCGUUAUGAGUUACAUAACAUCCUAUGCGUUUCUAAUGGAUUUGCUCGUGAACGCCGAUAAAGACAUCGAAGUGCUGGAGAAUGCCGGGGUGAUAAACAACUACUUGGGAGCGAGGCCAGAAGCCACGAAUCUAUUCAACAAUCUGUGCAAGCAAGUGGUUCUGGAAAAGUUCUACUUCGCAAAUACCUACAAGAACGCGACCGACUACAGCCGACACUGGUGGCCGGCGAUUAGGGCUUAUUUUAUACGGACAUAUCUGGCAACUCCAUAUGGUUUCAUUGCAUUUGUUGCGGGUGCCAUCUAUUUUGUCAUUGAAGUCGUGAAAUUCAUUGACAACUAUUUUGUCUAGCUGAAUCAUUAACCCUGCGCGCGGGCCAGCAUGCGCAUGCGGAAGACGUUGAAGAUCAAUUUCAAUUUUCUAGCUAGAUGGAUGUGUCUUGGUUUAUGUGCGCGCGUAAGUUCAAUGUUAUUUUAUUAAUUCUUGUUCAUAUAUG